AACAUAUUAAAAUUUGAUGGGAAUUUGUGCAGGAAAGUCUUAAGCAAAAGAGAAUUUAGUGACUGAUAUAGAAUCAAUACCAAUUCAAACUUAAGGAAUAUUAGAGUUUAAUGUGAAAAUUUCAGGUAUCAAGGUGAAGAUGGAUAAUCUGGUAUUUUUAAUUUAGUGAUUAUAGUAUUAUAGCCAGCUGGCAAAAUAUUAAUGAAAAUUGGUGAAUUUGGUUAAUUUGAAACAGAAUGUUCAAAAGAACUUUACGGAAAAUUAUAUGUAAAAAUAAAGAUUUCAUGUUAUUAUAUAGUUUAAGCAAACUCAUGCAUUUUAAAUGUCUAUAACAGAGGAGCAACUGAAGAAGCAGUAUCUAACUGUAACUUUACUUACACCAAAUAAUGAAAAUAUUGCUUCGAUAUAAAUAAAUUUAUUUUUAAUAGCAACAGGACCAUAACAUAUAGAUUAUGAAUAUACUGGAUUAAUUAAUAAGAAGUAAUAAUAAGGUAAAAUAAGCUUUGAUUUUAAAAUUGCAUAAAUAAUUAAAGUAAGCAUCAUACCAUAGUUUAUGGAAUUUAAUAUGAAUGAACCGUUAAUACAUUCUGAGUAUUACUAUUCUUUAAAAAUGGUGACUUCAGUUUUAUGUUUUUAAAGUGAAUACUCAGAUGCAUUUUUUAAUCCUGCUUAUAAGAAGAAUUAGGUAUCCACAAAUAAUAGUGCGUAAGCCAAAUAAUAAGUUAUUAAAUAAAUAAUUUACAAACAAUCUGGAGUUGAAAUGACAGUUGAAGUGCCACUUAUAGAAAUAUCAUCAUCCAGUAUAUAAGUUUGUUUAUGGUACAAUGAAUUAGCCAAUUAAGCAACAAAUGCAACCUCAGAAUUUAGUAAGCACCACUAUUCUCUUUUAGCUGAAACCUAUUUUAAUCUGAAUCAAAUAUUUACUUAAGCAUUAAAUAGUGAGCAAGUAUUUAUCUAAAUUAUUAGUUAAGAUUUGUGAGAAUGAUUUAAAAGUUUAUAAGAUUGUAUAUUAACAAACUAAUAGAAGAUUGUGGAAUCAUGGAGUACUUGAAGGCAAUUUAAAUUGCAAUCUAUAAGUUAUUAUUCCUGCAUAUCUAAAUUAAUAAAUAGUUGGGGUUAGAACAGAUAAAGGUAUAUAAUAAGGAAGUAGUGUUGUAAAUUCAGGAAAAAUGCCAGUUAAAGAAAUUUAAUCAUUAAGUUAGGCUGGCUAAUAAUUAUUAGAUGUUUAAUAUAAGCUAUAAAAUUGCUCUUCUAAAGAUGUAAAUUAAUAUUAAUUAUUUUAGUUAUUUAACAAAUCAGAAUUAAAAAAUUCUUAAUCAUUAUAUCUUCGUACUAUUUAAGAAAUAUUAAAAAGGACUGAUAAAUAAUCUAUCAUAUGUUUUGAAUAUAAAUCUUAAUAAGAUUUAUUCAAUGCCUAAAAAUUAUUAAUUGAAAUUGCUUCAAAAUUAUUAGAAUCUGCAGAUUUAUAAGAGGAAUCUAUAAGAGAAGAAUAUUAUAUAUUACUUAAACUGAUUAUUAAUAGAGGAGAAUUAAGUUUAAAUCAAGUUGGAUUCUCUGAUGAAACAGAAAAAACAAGUGAAAAACUGCUAAAAUUUAAAACUGAAAUUGGUCUCAAUUAUUAAUCAUUUUUAUAUAAAUGUCUUGGUAUUGUAUUAUAAAAAUUGAAACAAAAAUCAUUGGCUGAAAAUGAAAGAGCAUUUGUCGAACAUUUUUUUGCAAGUGCAUAUUUUAAAAUUCCUGAAUUUAGAACUAAAAUAAUUGAAAGUGUUUAAAGAUCGGAUGAUCCUUAACUUCCAGAAUGGAGAUCUCUUACUAAAUAGACUGAUGAAGUUACUAAUAAAGAGUUUAAUGAUUUAUUUGAUUGGAAUAGACACUUUUAUGAAUAUCUUAUUAAAUAACCAAAAUAUAAUGCAAAUAUCAAUAAACUUAUGGAAAUAAUUAAUUAAGAAGAAUGGUAAAAGAGAAUAGGUAAAAGAGGCAUUGCAUUCUUCUUUUUUUUAAAAGAAUGGUGUGAUUUAAUUGAUAUCUCAGUUGUUGUUAAAUAGAAUGUACCAUAUCAAUAAUUACCAGGAUAUAAUGUUUUAAUAAAAGCUAUUCUAUUAGAAAUGAAAGCUAAAGAACUUAAAAAUUAUCCAGAUAUAAUGAAAGCUGCAAUGUGUUCACUGUUAAAUAACACAAGUCUUUUAAACAUUGUUAUAGUUAUUCUCUUUAACAAAACUAAUCUCUUUGAUUCUGAAGCCUUACUGAAUUGUUUAGAAAUCCUCAAUUCAUGUUUAUAAUAUCUCUAUACUCAUAAAUUAUCAAUGCCAACUUCUUUAGAUUAAUAGUUCUUUUUAAAAGGUAUUAGAAUGAUUUUAUUACAAUGUGAACAUGCUUUCAGUGUCGCUAAAUGUCUUUGGCUUAUAUAUAAUAAUUAUGUUGUAUUCCCAUGUAUUUUAAAUUUUAAUUAAUAGUGGACAUAAGAAAAGAUAUAACAGACUUAUUAUUUGAGAAUGUGGCAACCAAAUUUUUUAUGCAUUGGUCUUUUAACAUUAGAAUGAUAUUCCACCACAUUUUACUUUAUAGAAUUUAACAUCUUCAUAAAUCCAAUAAGAAUUUGAAUGAAGAGUAUAAAUCAUUACUUAUCAUUUAGAGAUUUAAUACAAAAAUAUUAAUAAUAAGUUAAGCCAAGAAAAUAACAUAGUUUUUUUGAUUAAAAAAAUUCAUCAAAAGCUAUUAUUGUAUAUAUUGAGUUUAUUAUAAAUAGAGCGAUGUAAUUUACAUGAAGUUCUUUAGAUUUAUUUAAUAGAUAGAAGAAGGAAAAUAAUUAUCAACGAAUCAAUUAUUAAAUUAAAUGAUAGAAGAAACUCAUUUUCAUAAAUAAAUGAAAAUGAAACUUAUAAAAAAGAGAAUUUAAGAUAAAAAAAAAGGUUAAUCAGAAUAAACUAGUAACAGUGAUGCUUAAUCAUAUAGAAUUAUUGAUGAAGAUGAAUAAGAUAUUGCAAUUCCCUUAUUUACAGGUGUUGUUAAUGAAUUGAAACCUCAAUAAAAAUUACCUGAAAAAAAAGUUGCAGUUACUCAGAAUUAAUUAAAAUAUUUAAUUAUAGCUUGUACAGAGUUUGAAGAAUUGAAGUAUAAAUAUUAAAAAUGGAGAUAAUCAGUUAUUCCAGUUAAUUUUAAUUCGUUAUCAGAAGAUGGUAAAAUUUUCUUCUAUUUUAUUUUUAGAAAAAAUUAAUAUAAAUGAAACGUUUAAAGUACCUGAAGUUAAAUUAGCAGUUCCUUUAGAUGAAAAAGAAGGAAACAUCAAAAACACAGAUGAGUGGUGAAAAAUUGAUUUUUCCUUUAAAUUUAUUGAGAC